GGACGACGGGGCCAGGCCGCCGCCACUUCCGGCCCGGCGGGUCCCGGCGCGGCCGAAGCGGAGCACGGGCACUGAGGGAGUCCUGGCGCGCAGCACGGGCACUGGUGGCCUAGUGUACAUGCUGAGCAAGAGGAAGAGCCCUUCAUUAUCCCAGUCACGUGUGGACCUGAGAGGAGGAGGAGCUGUUUGACCUUCUGAGAAGCAUGGAUCAAAACUCAGACUCUUCACUUUCCAGAAUGUUUACUGGGUAUGAUGAUCCUGAGAAUACUGGAGUGUACGAAGAUGAACUUUACCCUGAGGAGUCCUCCAGUGAGGAGAGUGUUGAUAGUGAGGUGGAAUUCCAUCUCUAUAGCCAGAUCCACUAUUCCCAGGAUCUUGGAGAGAUCAGCGCACUGGAAAUGGAUGAAGAAGCUGAUGUUGGAGAAGUCACAAGUCCAAGUUCAGGUCUCAGUGAGGAACAGGAUGAGGAUGAGAAGCUCACUGAGCUCACUGAUGGUGAUACUCAGCUUUCAGAGGAGCCUGAGGUCAUUGUCCUGUCCGAUACACCAGAUGAAGACAGCAUCUAUGAAAGCAAGGCCAAUAGAUCAGGGUGCCCUUCAACUCAAGGCAGAGCACACAUGCACCUGGUAUCAUCCACACCAAACCACACCAAACCUGCUGGGAGUGAUGCUAUGUGUCCCCCUAAAGCUGGUGUGGGCACACCAGGGAAGAAGAGAAGCAGCACUGGUGGGAGGCCUGCCCCAGUGUGUCCUGCUGGACCCCCAGCCGUCCACGACAUGUUGUUGGUAGAGAACAGCUCGGAGGAGGAGAGCUUGGUCUCUGACAGUGACCUCGUGGAAAGCUGGAUGCUCCUGGGAGCUGGUGCUGAUGACAGAGAUGGAGACAUCAUGCUGAACCUUGAGGGCUGUGCCCCUCCUGUCAGACGAGGAAAAAUUGAUGUGGCCUGGUCCAUCUCUCAUAAAGACUUAGAGGCACAGAUCUCCAACUAUGCGGGCGCGAGGCACAGCAGCACGCGGUACUACUCGGCUGCCAAAAAUGUGACUUGUAGGAAUUGCCACAGACCAGGACAUUUGUCCAAGAACUGUCCCACUCCAAAGAAAGUUCCCCCUUGCUGUCUGUGUGCAGGAAGGGACCAUCUGCAGCACAGCUGCCCGGCACGUUUCUGUCUGAACUGCUGCCUGCCCGGGCACUAUUUCAGGGAGUGCCUGGAGAGAGCCUACUGGAACAAGCACUGCAACCGCUGCGACAUGCAGGGCCACUAUGCUGACGCUUGCCCAGAAAUAUGGAGGCAGUAUCACCUAACAACAGAGCCAGGGCCCAUCCAGGCCGGCAGGUCCCGCCAGGAGCGCUCCGUGUCCCUCUACUGCUACAACUGCUCCCGGAAAGGACACCUGGGAUACGAGUGCCCAGAGAAGCGGAUGCAGGGGAACAUGUGCCCCACUUCCCCCUUCGUCUACUACUAUGAUGAUGAGUGUGAUAUCAGGAGGAGAGCCAAGAGGCUGAAAAGAAAGGUGGCAGACCUGCAGGAAGCUGGCCUUCUGCCGGAGCAGGCUGAAACACCACUGCAGGAAGAGCAGCUUGAGGUGCCCAGCCACAAGAAAAAGAGAAAACUUUGGAAAGAACAGCAGGGGAAGCACAGCAAGAACAGAGAGCAGCAGAAGAAGAUGAAGGUGUUCCAGACAAAGAAAGCCCAGGAAAAGAAGCACAAGAGGCGUGCUGAAAUCCACUGUGAACCAGAGGACUUCCCUCGAGGGUGCAAGCAGCAGGGCUGGAAGGGCAGCAAGGUCCACAAGUCCCUUUUCCAGGCAUUCCCAGGCAGCAAGGCCAUGUCUGUGCAGCAGCCUGUAGAAGGUGCCAAAAGGAAGAAGAAAUGGAAAAAGCAGAAAAACGCAAGUCCUGACAGCAGGGACAAUCUAUUCCUUAUAAAACAGCGGAAGAAGAGGUCCAAACAGAAAUCCUGGUGAUGGCAGGUAGCACUGGCACUCCCUGGCUCUUUGUUCCUGUCCCUCCCUGCCCCUGAAUUCCAGUCCGUCCCUGACCCAGCCUGCUGGGCACCAUCACCCUGUCCAAGUGCACAGCCAGAGGGGACCCUCCCUCUGUGGGGGCUGUCCCCAGGGCAGGCAGCACCCCGUGCUCCUCAGUAGCUCUAUGUUUAUUUCCUUUGCUUGGGGAUGUGGGGGCACACUGGGUUUGGCAGGGUUUGUUUCUUCACCAGUGAGAUGUGGCUGUGCUGUUGGGGCACAGCAGCUCUGGGGCCAGUGUCAGUGAGAUUUGGGUCAGGGGGCUCAGGGUGGGAGGGAGGGAUGGGUGUAAAGCACAUCCCCUCAGCCCUGGGUCCUCUCCAGAGCGUGGGAGGACUUUGGGCACCUCCCUCCCCCCUGGAAGAGGCAGCCAAGCCUUUGCUGUGCCAUCAUCCACUGCCCUCAGGGCUCAGCUUCUGAGGCUCCAUCCCUGUCCUUUCCAACAGAGCAGGAGUGAGCAGCUGGGCCUGAAACAGAGUUUGCAUCUCACACUGAAUCUGUCCUUGUUCCUUUUGAUGUGGAAAUUGUUUCUGGAGUAAAGAGGGGGAUAUGAAGAACAUACUUGGUUCCAGUCACACUGUGCUAAAAUUUAAUUUUUUUCUUUAAAAACAGUUAUUUUUGUACACUGGAAUUCAGCAUGUUGUUUGUAAGAAUAAAAUGCUUUAUCACAGGAUUAACACAAAUAAAACUUUACAUGAGAAA